AUAUUUUUUUUCCAAUUUCAAAUCUCGUACGCGACGGACGUGGAAAAGUUGGCAGCGGAGAAAGCGCCGAGAAAUAGUUCGAAAAAUUCUUGUGUUGUCGAGAGUCGGAUUUUCGAGUUUUUGCCGAGUUUGUCGAGUUGUCGAGCUGUCGGAUUCAAUUGACCGAAAAACAAAAAUCACAAUUACAAUUACAACACAAAACUAAUUAAGUUCAGCGGCGAAAUCUUGGCAGAGUUUGCCUGCCAUUCGUACUGGCUGCAAAUAGCGUUUUUAGCCACAACCACAAUCAAAAGUAAAUUGGAAAAAGUAACGGAAUUCCCAUUUGUGUCUCGAAACGAAAGCGACGACGUCGUUGCCGUCGCUGUCGCCGCUGCCGCCAAGAAAAGAAACUGAGAAAUAUAUAGCCAAUUUCGUGGGUGAAGUGUGAAAAUUGUCGCGAGAUAAGGCCAAAAAAAAAAUCCACUGCAUAUCGACGACAGGCGGAUAAAGGGUUAUAUCAAGAAUCAAAGAAUCGAAGAGUAAAGAAAAUAAAAAAAAAAAUCAAGAAUAAUGAGUGCCAAUCGACGGAGAAGUAGCAGUUUCGGCUGCCGAAACGAAAAUCAAAAACAAAAAUCAACAAAAUUAGUGGCCAAGUCGGAGCGUGAGGUACUUUCUCUGCCACUGCCACUGAGGAGUGAAGAGGAUCCCGCCAUGGAGAUGCCACGCAUUUGCCGCUGCUGUUGCAAGCGUGAUCUGGAGCUAUUCUGCCUAUUCGAAGCCAGCAAACCAACACUAUCCUCCACAUCCACAUCCACAUACACUACCACGCCCACUACAGCUACAACUGCAACAGACACAUCUGCAUCGGAAGCUACAACAUCAUCUGCAGCAGGAGAUACAACAUUUGUGUCCAAUCCCAAUCCCAAUACCAAUUCCAGUACGAGUCCAGCGCCCAUGAGGCGCCGCACUACACUGGCAACCACAACGGCAGCUACAGCUUCAACACCAGCAACAACAACAAAAGCACAAACAACAGUGACCCGUGGACGCAGCAGCGAUAACCCCAUAGACUAUGCCCUCAGUGGGGCCCACAGCAGCAUGGACAUUGUCCUCGAGGAGAUGAUCAUUUGGAUGCUGAACAUAAAUCGCGAUGAUGGACUGCCGCAAGAAAUCUGCCGCCAGUGCAUGGCUCAGUUUCUGAUGGUGGCCAAGUUCCGGCGGAAAUGCGUACGGAUGCAGCAGCGCCUGCAGGACUUUGCCCAGGAAAUAUCUGACCGUCAGGCGGCCAGGCAGGCCAAGCGAGAGCAGAAGCUCGAAAAGGAAAAGGAACGAGAACGAGAGAAGCAAAGGCAACGAGAAAGAGAAACGGAAGCGGAAACGGAAUCGGAAGUAGAGCAAAAGGUGGCCGAGCCAGAGGUGGAGCUGCCAGUGACCGUUCCAGAGCGAAAGCGCCGCAUAGUCUCCGAGUCGGAGACGGGCGAGAAGCCAGGAGCCAUCGACAACGAAGGCGAGGAUCUACCUCCGCCCAAGACCCGGCGGCUGCAGCUGCGCCUGCGUAAGCUACGCAGCGUCUCCACCGGCUCGGACGUGGAACGGCCCUCGUCGGCCACCAUCGACGUCAGCAGUAUGCCCUGGAAGACGAAGGCCGCCCGCAAGGAGAUAUCCGAGCUGUGGUCGGCCAGCCCCUGCACCACCGAACAGUCCCAGUCGCCGCCCAGCACCAGCUCCGACUCGGAAGCCCCCAGCACCCACAGCAGCGACCUGAGCGACUUGUCGGUAGGUCCUUGCCGUGGCUUCGAUACCGACAACCAUCCCACCUCCCCAUCCAUCUCAUCCUCCGCCACCGGACAAACGAUGUCCACCGGUUUUCUGGAGUUCCCCCGAACCGUGCCGGUCGAGUUGAUGCCGCGUCGUGGCAGACGUCCGAGAAACGCCCCGGUCUACAUGCCGGCCAAGAGGGCCCGGCGAUCCUUCGCCAAGAAGAUAUCGAUAUCACCAGCCCAGGAGGUUGGAGCAGUUGCCGUAGAGAACACAAAGUCUGAUGAAGUACAGGAAAGCCUGGCAAUCGACAGCACUUGCAACGAAGUGCUCCAAGAAUCAUCUCAGAACCUCGUCCCGGAUGACGAGAACCAUCUGGAAGCUGAGAUUCCAGAGAUGCGCGAGGACGGUGUGGUCUCCAAUGGUGUUCCCCCCAAGGAAGAGCUAUCAGAAUCAAAUGAGUCUGAGGAGGAGAACCCCAACCCACUGCCAAAAGCUGAAGAAAGAGAAGAAGACGCUGGAAUUAGCGUCGCUCCCGUGGUACAAAAUGGCAAUGAAUCAGUUAACAUAAUCCCUGAAUCGAGACUGUCGAAUUUAUCUGAAAAUAGUACUGAAAUUAUUCCAAAGACGAGCCCCGAACCAGAAUCAGAAUCAGCCUCGACGGAGGAGCCGCUGCAAUCCGAGGAGCUGACCUCCUCCACAGAAUCGGCCGAGAAGGAGCCGAAAUCCCCAGAGCAGCCGGAAAUUAUAGUCAGCAUUCCGUUGAACGCUCUGAACGAGGACCUGCACCGCCGGCUCUGCACAGAUCCGGAGACCGAGGAGGCGGAUGGAGACGCCCAAAACCGCGAGACAGCCACCCCCAAGUCCGAUGAUGUCAACAACAAUGCAAACGGUGAAAAUUUUUGCCAGAGUGCUACAGCAGAUAGCUUCAAUUCUGCUGUGGCACUCCGAACCGACAACAUUGAAGCAACCCCCCCGACAGGUGACACGGCAGCUGACGAGAAUUUCCGAGCGGAUGAAGUACCCCGGGCAGCCGAAACCCCUCCAGACAUAGCCGAAGAAGAUGAUGAAGUGCAGCCGGUGCGGUCGGGCCACGCGCCCAUGGACUUUAUGGCCGAAUUCACUAAGCACUGCGAGAACGGAGUGGAGCAACUGAAGGCCACCACUCCGGCCACAUCGCCCACGCCCUCGGAACUGGAGCUGCCCCUCAACGAUCUCGAAAGCAAGCAGCAACUGGAGGUGGAGAUGAACGACGUGGAGAACACGCUGAAUGGCAUCCUCAACGAGAUGCAGGACCAGCACAUGUACACCCCGACCUGCUCCCACAUCGACGAGUUUCUGACGCCCGCCGACUAUGCCCCGCUCACCGAGCAGGAGCCCUCCGUCUCGCCACCCAACCCGGAUCCCUUCAACCAGACCAUGGAGGUGACCACGCCCACCAAAGCCCCCCAGGGUCAGAACGUAAACCCCUUCGAUAAUAGCAACUUCAGCAAUGAACUGAUCGGCUUCCAGAACGACAUUCCUUGUUUUGAGAACAUCGCGUCGUCACCGGAAUCCGACCAGAGCUUGCACCUGGAGUUGACGCAGUUCUUGAAGGAGCUGCAGCCGUCGAAGGAGGAGGACUGCAAGGGGGAGGCCCAAGUGGAGAUACAGGAGGUGGAAACCCAAAUUCAGGUGGAGAAUGUCGCUGAGAAUCAGACCGAACCGGGUCAGAUCCAAAUCGAAGCUUGCGAGGACACGCAGAUGGAGUCUCAGUCCCAAAUGUUCGUCCAGACGCAGGUCUUCGAACAGAACUCGGCCGAGAAUCAGUUCCAAAUACAGGCCGAGGUGCCGGUUGAAGUCCCAGGCGAGCGGCCGCCACAAAUCCAAACACAAUCGAUUCAGAUCCUGCCACACAUCCAGCCGCAAGUGCAUCAGCAAUUGCAGGUGCAGAAGCAGUCGCAGGACACGACUACGACCGUCACCUACGAACAGAUCUAUCAGCAGCACAUUGUCCAGCAGACGGUGAAGCAGUCGUCCAACAAGGUGCAGCUUAUCUCGCUGCCGGAGACGAGGCAGUGGCCGGCCCAGAAACCGCAACCGCAGCAGCAGCAGCAGCAACAGCUGCAGUGGUCGUCGGUGGGCGGGCUGGAGGCGGUGCGCAGUGCCCCCAUGGAGAGUGUAGUGGCGGCGGCACCCACAACCACCACCUACUACAUCAGCACAAGCGAUCUGUAUCCGCAGCAGCAGACCGAAACAUACGCCAUGCUGCAGCCCGCAUCGCUGGACUCCAACGAUAACUAUAUGCUGGAGCAGGUUAAUCAGCAGCCACAGCAACAGCACCUCCACCAGCAUAUCCAGCGCAUUCAGCACCAGCGCCCGCCGCAACAGAUUCAGCCCCAGCGGCAGCAACGCCAGCCCAUCAUGAUACUGAUUCAGCCGCCGGAUAUUCAGCGCCCGGUGGCCUCGGCCAGCAAUCCCCAGCAGGCGCCGUUGCACAUCUACGGUGCUCCCUCAAUCCGCAACGAGAUGCAGCAUCUGCAGCACGUCCAGCGCCAACGCUUGCAGCAGCAACAGCAGCAGCACCAUCAGCAGCAGCAGCUGCAGCAACAGCGCCAGCAGCAACUGCAACAGCAGCAGCAGCAGCAACAGAAGCAGCUGCAAACCCGACUGAUUAGAAGCCAUCCGGUUGUGGGAAUGCCGGGAGCCGCUUCCAUCUCAACCAAAGUAACGCCCAUGCCGGCCACCACGCCGGGCGGCCGGGCGUUGACACUCAAGUGCCGGUUCUGCCAGAACGGGCCGAGGUUCUCCAACAGCCUGGAGUACAGUCGGCACAUCAUCGACUUGCAUCCGGCCGUGGCGCCCUUCAACUGCCCGCACUGCCCGCUGGCCUUCGCCGGGCGGAAUAAGCGCUCCCAGCACAUUCUCGACCACCAUGUGGUCCAGCAGUAUCAGUGCGGUCAGUGUUCGCAGGUGUUUCCCGCCCAGCGUGCGCUCGAUGUCCACAUUCAGCGGUUCCACAUCUCGUCAAAGGCCACCACCGAGGGUGCUGCGAACGAGGGUGUUCGUGUGGAGGAGGUGCAGCUUCAGAUAGCCAACGAACAGCAGCAGCAGCACGCCCAGCAGUUGCAGCAACAAAAGCUCCAACAGCAGCAACGUGAGGAGCGAAUGCAGCUUUUGCAGCAACAGCAACUGCAGCAGCAGCAGCUGCAACACCAGCAACAGCACCUGCAGCAGCAACUGGAGCAGCAGCUCGAGCAGCAGCAGGAACAACAGCCACAGCAGCAGGCGAUGUCGCAGCAACCGCAGUCACCGCAUCCUUCGACCAUGGAUGUGCCGGCGAGCACGACCACGCCACGGAAGAUACUCUGCUGUCCGGACUGCGAGGAUUGCACUUCUGGCCACAGCCACUUCGAGGAGCUGACAAAUCUGCAAGCGCCACCCACUGUUCCCACCCCGCCCUCGACCAUCGUUUCGGCCGCCUCCCCGCAGCCCAUGAUGAGCAUGCCGCACAUAACAAUGCCCUCGCCGGAGCAGUCGGAGCCCGAUUCGACCACAACGCUGCGCCAGUUUCGUAAGCGGGGAGUGAUUGUGGGACCACAUGGGCCGCUGCACUUAGCCACGCCUGUGGCAUCACCGUCAGCAUCGCCCUCGUCGUCGCCCUCGUCCUCCACUGUGGACGUGGCGCCCCCCGCCUCGCCGGCACCGCCUCAGUCGCCGGCCACGCCCAGCCCAUUGCCGGCGAACGAGCUGCGAGCGACCCAGCAGUGUCAGUACUGCGAGGAGCGUUUCACCAACGACGCGAAUCUGAAGAAGCACCACCAGCUGGCCCACGGCUCCACCACCACGAUGCCCUUCGUGUGUGGCAUCUGCAAGCGGGGCUAUCGAAUGCGCACGGCUCUCCACCGGCACAUGGAGUCGCACGACGUCGAGGGCCGGCCGUACGAGUGCAACCUGUGCAAGGUGCGCUUCCCACGUCCCUCCCAGCUAACGCUGCACAAGAUUACCGUCCACCUGCUGACCAAGCCGCACACCUGCGACGAGUGCGGCAAGCAAUUUGGUACGGAGAGCGCCCUGAAGACGCACGUUAAGUUUCACGGUGAGCUCGGUUACCAGUGCGACGAAUGCGAUAAAUCGUUUGAAUAUCUCAGAGAAUUGCGAAAACACCGACGCACCCACACUAAGCAGUUUUACAAAUGCGAUAUAUGCCCCCGCGAUUUCAUGCAUUUUCAGAGUUUUCGCGCUCACAUGAACACCCAUUUGCCGUUUGGCGUGUUUCUUAACGAUGAUGCCACAGCCUCAAAGUCCACUAACAAUAACAACAAUAGAGGCAUUAAGCAAGGUACACCAACCGAUAAUCUGGAGAAUCCAUCCACACCGAUAGAGGAGACACCGUUGACGCCGAUGAGCUGCAACGGCGGCAACGGAUACCCCAGCAUCGAUGAAUACCCCGGCUCAGUCGAGAGCUGUGCUCUGGAGUCGAUCGCCCCGACGCCAUAACCCAUGGGGCAAUCUUAUUAUUUAGUUUACAAUACUUUAGUUCUUAGAAAUUAUCCAGAACCACCAGCCCGCCUAGUAACAAUGGCGCCUUCCUACACUUUUGCUACUUUGGAUGGCAAUUAUCUUCCAUUUGUCCAAUUGAAGUAAAAAAAAAAAUCCAAAAAAAAGAACCAGCAGACUGCAUUGAAUGCAAUCCAAUAUUGCACUUAACAAUUUAGCUAGUAAGCCACGAGUACACUCCCUCAAAAACAAAAACACAAAAUUUAAGACUAGUUAGUAAGCUAGUUAGAAUUUAAAACUUUCAUGCAAUGAAUACACACCAACCGAAAUGUUAGCUUUAGGCCAAAUACACGCAGA